AUGCAGUUCUCCAAGAUCUCCGUUGCCGCCAUCUCCAUGGUCCUCUUCUCCCUGGCCUCUGCCGCCCCUGCCACUCAGGCCGCUCCCCUCGAGCCCCGGGCUAACUGCUACGCCCAGGCCGUUGCCGACGGCAGCUCAUGUGUCGUCGGCUGUGUCACUGGUAACGAAACCGGCGGCGUAAGUACCCGGUUUAUCCAAUGA